CGAACGCCCGGCACCGGUGCGACCGACGCGCACGAAGCCCGACCUCCCAUCUCCACACGUCGUCCCCUCUCGCACCGCCGACCAUGGCGGCCUCCACCUCGGCGGCGGCCGCUUCCCUCCCCUCAUCUCUGCACCGCCCAGCUCGCCGCCUCUGCCGCCGCCGGUCCCUCCUCCGCGCCGCCUCCACAACCGCGCCCCCGUCGCCUGACCUCUCCAUCCAGCUCUCCCCCCGUCCCUCUCCGCCAGCAUCGCCUCCCCUCGUACCCUCCCUCGCCCGCGACCGCGCCGAGGACCUGCAGGCGGAGUCCCGGGCCAUGACCCGAGCAGCUGCCGCCACCGUCUACACCCCCGAACUUCUCGCCUCCCGCUACGGCUCACAACCCUUCCAGGUGGCGCUGAGAGCGGCGGAGGUGCUCUCGAAGCUUGGGGCCUUCGGACUGACGCUGUUGCUGGACCAGCGGAGGGGUGAUGAGUCUUCGGAGAAGAGGCGAGCCAGGGCCGUGGAGCUGCGGACCAUAUUGACGAGGCUGGGCCCGACGUUCGUCAAGAUUGGACAGGGCUUGUCCACGCGGCCCGACCUCUGCCCGACUGAGUAUCUCGAGGAGCUCUCCGAGCUGCAGGACUCGCUACCCACGUUUCCAGAUGAAGAGGCAUUUGCAUGUAUUGAGAGGGAGCUCGGAUUUCCUCUUGAUUCUAUCUACUCAGCAAUGUCACCUUCCCCAAUUGCUGCAGCGAGUCUAGGUCAAGUUUACAAGGCACGGUUGAAAUUCUCUGGGCAGCUGGUAGCUGUCAAAGUGCAGAGGCCUGGUAUAGAGGAUGCCAUUGGGCGUGAUUUUUACCUACUUAGGGGAUUGGGUUUUCUAAUAAAUAAGUAUGUCGACUUCAUAUCCACUGAUGCUGUCGCCCUGAUAGAUGAAUUUGCUCGAAGGGUUUUUCAAGAGCUAAAUUAUGUCCAGGAAGGCCAAAAUGCACGGAGGUUUAAAAAGUUAUAUGCUGACAAGCAAGACAUACUGGUGCCUGAUAUAUUUUGGGAUUACACAAGUGCAAAGGUUCUUACAAUGGAAUGGAUUGAGGGUGUAAAACUAAAUCAGCAAGCAGCCAUUGAAAGCCAGGGUUUAAAGGUUCUGGACUUGGUAAACAUUGGUAUCCAGUGUAGCUUAAGGCAGCUCCUAGAGUAUGGCUACUUCCAUGCUGAUCCGCAUCCUGGUAAUAUUUUGGCAACACCUGAAGGGAAGCUUGCUUUUCUUGAUUUUGGUAUGAUGAGUGAAACACCAGAGGAUGCAAGAGUAGCCAUCAUAGGACAUGUUGUCCACAUGGUCAAUCGAGACUAUGAAGCGAUGGCUCGGGAUUAUUAUGCUCUUGAUUUUUUGGAACCUGAUGUAGAUGUUUCCCCUAUCGUGCCUGCUCUCAAGAAUUUCUUUGAUGAUGCUUUGGACUCAACAGUGAGUGAACUAAACUUCAAAACUAUAGUUGAUGGCUUAGGUGCUGUGCUUUAUCAGUACCCAUUCAAUGUACCGGCGUACUAUGCGUUGAUACUGCGAUCACUCACCGUGCUGGAAGGUCUGGCACUCUAUGCUGAUCCCAAUUUUAAGGUGCUCGCUGCCUCAUAUCCUUACUUUGCUAAAAGGUUACUCACUGAUCCCAAUCCAUAUCUCAGAGAUGCUCUGAUUGAGCUGCUAUUCAAGGAUGGGAAAUUUAGAUGGAAUAGGCUUGAAAAUCUUCUUGUUCAAGGGCGCCAAGAUAGAGAGUUUGUAGCUAAGGAUGCUCUACAACCGGUUCUAAAGCUUCUACUCGGUCCAGAUGGGGAAGAACUAAGAGUGCUUGUUGUGAAAGAAGCAGUUCGUGUCACAGAAGCCAUCACCUUCGGAACACUGAUUGAUUCGUAUAAUGCAGCUCCAGAAUUUUUGAAGCCAUUAAUUUCCAAUGGCAACCCAGGGGGGCCAUUUAAGAUAAGCGAUGUCGAAAGGGAACAAAUGAUGGAGCUCCGAGAUACAGUUUAUAGAAUUUGGGGUCUUUUGAGAUCGUCCGAUAGUUUUGAUCCAAGCCUUUUGCAACCAAUUGUGCAGGUGCUACAAGAACCAGAAGCCCGUGUUUUUGGUUCUCGUGUUGCUGGAGGCGUCACCCAACGCCUUGCAGCUCGCUUGUUGCAACAGCUGCUGAGGAUCCCACCUGCACCAGUUCCUGGAUCUUCGCCAUAGAUAGGCUCGCACUAAACCAUGUAUAUUCAAAAGAUACUUUUCGGCAGGAAAGAAGAAAGGAAAUGUAAUUUGUAAAUCAUACACUUGCAUGAGAUGUAAAUCAGGGUUUCUUUGAUUCGUAGGAUAGGAAAAACACAUGACUGCCUAUUUGAAUUAUGAUUAACACAGGAAAACAAA